AUGGCUCGCUCUAUUCUUAUCGCGGGUGCGACCGGAAAUACAGGACAGAGUGCGGUGGAAACCUUAUCUCGCCUUUUAAGUUCUAAGCCUUCAUUUUCUGACUAUAUAAUCAUUGCGCUCACGCGGUCCAAGGAUGGCGCUACUGCACAACGUCUUGCUAAGCUUCCUUUCGUCCAACUCGAAGAAAAGAGUUGGGUUGAGAUCACACCCGAAUGGCUUCAAGAGCACAAUGUGGAAAGGGCUUUUAUUGCACCACAUCUUCAGACCAAUCAGUUUGCAGAGGAAUCUACCUUCCACCUCGCCCUCCUUCACGCAAACGUGAAAUACGUGGUGCGAAUCUCGACUGCUCAUCCGGCAGUUCGUCCGGACAGCAAAUCCUACUACCAGAGGGCACACUGGGCGAUCGAAGCGCUGCUCAGCUCUCCAGAAUACGAGAAGUUGCAAUUCACUUCUUUACAGCCCAACGCCUUUGGGCCCACCUAUCUGUAUUCAGCAGCUCAAUUCGUCAAGGACUUCCGAGGCACAGGGAAGCAAGGCAACUUGAGUCUUAUGGCCCCGAAGGAUUUUCCUGUGGCAAUUAUUCAUCCGCCUGAAAUUGGAGUUGUUGCUGCUCAUCUUUUGACCGAAGAAGACACGACAAAGCACAACAAAGCCAAAUAUAUACUGAACGGACCUGAGGGCGUGACUGGACAACAGAUUGUCCAAAUGGUUGAACAGGCUAUUGGAACAAGCGUUGAAAAGGUCAUAUACAAAGAUAUGUCAUCUGUCGAUUCGUUAUUGGAGGGACUUCAAAACGAGUCUCCGAAUGUUAUUUCGUCUCUCAGGUAUGCUCUGGAGGCGAGUUGGGAAGGGAAAUCAUCUGGCUCUACUAGUCCAGAAAUCCUCGAUAUGGGAGUGAUCAAGCAUACACCUGCUGAAAUGUUUAACUCCUUGAUUAAUUGA